AUGAACCUUCGGCUAACCCUGCCUGCCUUUGUUUGUUGUUUCUGCAGAGCUCUCCCAACCGUGCGCUUUGGCCUCAAGCGCGGCAAGCUAGUCUACGUCUUCAACUUCUCCGCCCACGACGUCCAACGCGACAAGCACCGCAACGUCAUUUCGCGCGCCCGCUUCAUCAAGGCGCAACUCGAGCUCGCCGGUUACCAUCUGAUUCCCUGGGACUUCAAAAAGGACCAGCCCCCGCGCUUCUGGCUACACCAGCACCCCGAGCCCCAACAGCCCCAUUCUUCCAUUCUUGCCGCCGACAUGGAAGAGGAAGACGAUGAUCUCUACGGACCAUCUGAGACUACUGUCCCCGGUCCAGCACCAGCGGCAGAGCUGCCAUCCCAACCAACCCCUGGCGAGACCAGCGCCCAAGAAUUGAAUCAUGGCGACGCGAGUGAGGGUGAUGAGCCCAUGGACGAGGGCCUCGAGUCGGGCGAGGAUUCUGAUGACAGUGACGAUUCGGAUGAUUUGGAAAUCAUCAUCGACCGGCCCUCCGACAAACCCAACCUCUCCCAACAGCAGCAACAGCACAGCACCCCCUCCGAAUCCAAAGCUAUCAAAAUCGAAGCCCCACCCGGGUCUCAGCAACAGCAGUUGCACCAACCGGGCACUUCCCCCAGCCUCAUCGCAGGAGCAUCGGGCAUCAAACCCGCGCCACCCUCACAUCAUGGCCAACCGGGCACUGCUUUCCCCGCUGUACAGUCCUCUACCAUCACCAUGGACGCGAACCCUAGCUACCCACCUCUCGGCAAGCCCAUUCUCACCGUUGAUAUGGACGCCGAUCUCGCCGAACACACCAAGCCGUGGCGUCUCCCUGGCGUAGAUCAAUCCGACUAUUUCAAUUAUGGCUUCGACGAAUUCACCUGGGAAAUGUAUCGUCAGCGACAGUCUACAAUGUCCAAUACUCUGACCCAGCAGAAGGCGGAAACAGCGCAGCUGCAGAGUUUCUUCGAUCCACGGAUGAUGAGCGGAGGGGGGAGCGGCUCCAACCCCGGCGGCACAGGGGCAAACCCGCCCACAGGCCCUUCCAGUGCCAGUGGCGGCGGCAACGGCGUUCCCCCCAAUGCGCCUACGGGUCCUUCAGGAGGUGGUGCCAGUGCUGCAGGAGCGGGCGGUGGCAUGCCCGGGAUGCCUAGCGAAGAAAUGAUGCAACAGAUGAUGCAGCAGAUGAUGAGCCAGGGCGUGGACCCUUCCAACAUGGAUUUCAACACAUUUGCUCAGAUGAUGGGUGGAGGGUUUCCCGGCUCAGAACAACAACAAUAUCCGCAAGGUCCUGCGGGGCGCGGCGCCAGCGCUGGAGUCGGAAGCGCGCGGAGAGGCGGGAGAGGGAGGGGUUGGUAA